AUGGCACCUCGCCGUCGUCGUGGCGCCGACCAAGAUGCCGCCGGCCAAGACGACGCCGUCGACGCCGACGCUCUCGCCAACGCGCCCAAGAACCGCCCCCCCAAUACUGCCUUCCGUCAGCAGCGCAUGCGCGCCUGGCAGUGCGUCCUGACUCCCAAACUCAUCGUCACCAUAUUUUCCAUCCUCGCCGCCAUCUAUCUCGGCUUCGGCGCCUAUCUGACAUACCUGGCCCACACCGUUCGAGACUUCAGCUUCGACUACACCGACUGCCAGAAACAAGCUCCCCAGGAUGGCGGGCCUGACAAUUUCAAAGCCGUGCCCGAUGGCCUCAUUUCGGCCCAUUUCUCCGUCCCUGAAGGCAGCACCCUCGACCCUAACAAGGCCUUCUGGCGCGUCGAGAAGCGGCCCUUCGAAUUCGGUAACGAGUCGCUGAAUAUUGACGUGUGCCUGGUGCGCUUCAACAUUCCCGAGGACCUCAAGCCCACCGUCAGCUUCUUCUACUACCUCGAGAACUUCUAUCAGAACCACCGCCGCUAUGUCAACUCGUUCAACGCCAAGCAGUUGCUGGGCGACGCUGUCGACGGCGCCACCAUCAACGGCUCGACGUGCGACCCGCUCGCCCACGAUCCGCUGGGCUCGGGCAAGAUCGUCUUCCCCUGCGGCAUCGUCGCCAAUUCCAUGUUCAACGACACCUUCUCGAGCCCCGUCUGGCUCAACGUGGCCGUUUCCCCCAAUAACGCCCGCCGCGCCGACGACAACAGCAACCGAACCUACACCAUGAAGGACACGGGCAUCACCUGGCCGGGCAACAAGGACCUGUACGGCCAGACCAAGUACAAGAACGACCAGAUCGUGCCGCCGCCCAACUGGCGCGACCGCUACCCCAAUGGCUACAAUGACAAGAACCCCGCGCCCAACCUGCAGACGUGGGAGGCCUUUCAGAACUGGAUGAUGCUGGCCGCCUCGCCCAAUUUCUACAAGCUGUACCAGCGCAACGACGUCGACGUCAUGGAUCGCGGCACGUACCAGGUCGACAUUGCCCUCAACUUCGACACCACCCUCUACAACGGCCGCAAGUCCUUUGUCAUCACCACCCUCUCCACCAUGGGCUCCCGCAACAUCUGGCCCGGCAUCAUCUUCCUCAUCGUCGGCGGCAUCUGCCUCUUGCUCGACAUCUACUUCAUCUUGUCCUUUUUCCUGUGGAAGCCCCGCAAGCUCGGCGACCCCUCGUACCUGUCAUGGAACCAGCCGUCUGCCCCCGGCGCCAACACGCAAACACACGCCCCGGGCGGCUUGUGA